CCCCAGCAGGCGACUCCUGCGGGCGCCGGCUCCCGGCAGCGGAACAGGAGCGAGCGGGCGGCGGCAAGAGGCAGCUCCCGGCAGAUCGAUGCCAGCCGAAGGAUGACCAGUUGUGGCCAGCAGUCCCUCAACGUGCUCACCGUCCUCUUCUCGUUGCUAUUCUCUGCAGUCUUGUCUGCUCAUUUCCGGGUCUGUGAGCCCUACACUGACCACAAAGGCCGCUACCACUUCGGCUUCCACUGCCCUCGGCUCUCCGACAACAAAACCUUUAUCCUCUGCUGUCAUCAUAACAACACGGUCUUCAAAUACUGCUGCAACGAGACGGAGUUCCAGGCGGUGAUGCAGGCGAAUCUCACAGCCGGCUCCGAGGGCUACAUGCACAACAAUUACACCGCCCUGUUGGGAGUGUGGAUCUAUGGCUUUUUCGUGCUGAUGCUGCUGGUCCUGGAUCUGUUGUAUUACUCGGCCAUGAACUACGACAUCUGCAAGGUUUAUCUGGCGCGGUGGGGUAUCCACGGACGCUGGAUGAAACAGGACCCCCGGCGGUGGGGGAACCCCGCCAGGGCCCCUCAGCCAGGCCAGCCGGCCACGCAGCCCCAGCCUCCCCCGGGUCCCCUGCCGCAGGCCCCCCAGGCGGUGCACACGCUGCGGGGAGAUGGCCACAGCCCGCCACAGAUGACCUUCCAGAGCUCGUCCGCCUGAAAACCUUUUUGCCGUGCCUCAGGAUGGAGGAGGUGAGAUCCAGAGCGCCCGGCUCAGCUUCCAAGAACGACUCCUAACCGAGACGCAGAGCGAGCCAAGACGGCGGUGGUGGUGGCAGAGGAGGAAAUGCUGCCGGUGCCCCAAACCCCCUUCCACAGACUUCUAAGAUUAGGAGCACACUCAGGGGCGGGGCCGGGGGUGCAGGGGAAGGGGCUCUGGGCCACCCGUCCGCAAGCAAUAGUCCCAUUUUGGGCUGGUGGCUGCUGAGAGGUGAUGCUGUGGUGGACUCAGGCUGACCAACACAAAGCUGCUCUGGCCGAUUAAAGCCAGCAGGAUGAGACCUGUAAGUCAUACCUGUGGCUCAAAUACGACACUCCCCUCGCCUCCUUUCCCUCCAGCAGUGGCCCCUGGGGCCUAUCCACAUCAGAAUAUUGACUGUGAGUGUGGGCGUGCGUGUGUGUGUGUAUGUGUGUGUGAUUUGGGGUGUCCUUGUUGUUGGGUUGCUUGGGUGGUUUUUAUUGGGGUUCUCCCUCCAAAGUUCUCUGAGGGGUGCGGGUCACCCUGUGGCUGAGAAUUCUUCCCAGCUCCCGGGGGCUGCAUGCACAGGGCACGGUCCCACUGUGCACAAGCUUCAGUGACCUCCUGGGCCAGGGAAGAUGGUUUGUCUUCACUGUGUCUCAGAGGCCACUAGGGAUUUGAAAAUGCCAGUCAGGGCUCAUUCUUACAGAUUCCUUCCCGUAACAAUAGUAAUAACAGGGGUUGCAGCUUGGGCACGACCGUGGGGCAGGCACCAGGUUAGGCAUCUUCAUGUGCACCCGCGUUCACUCUCACCGCAUGACACCUUGUGGGGUGGGUAUGGAUGACCCUUGCAGAAACAGCUCAGAGCAGGGAAAGGGUGCCCAGGGCCACUAGAUGGGGAGACUGCAGGUACAUAAAAAAAAUCCAGGAUCUCCCAGCACAAUUCCCUUCAGUAUCUCCCCGAUGACUUUUCAGUGGGCAGGAUGCCACCUGGCAUUAUCCAUCAUCAACUACCUGGGACCCUCAUUCACUCAACACACUCUGGUUAAACUCCUACUGUGUGCCAGGCCUGACCCCUAUCCCUGGGAGCCUCCCAUCUAAUGGGAGGGACAGACACAUAGAGCACGGCCGGACAGAGUGAUGAGAAUGAUGGAAAUCCCUGGGGGCAGGAAGCAAUCCUCCCACUUCAGGUGGGACUCCCAAGCACACUUGGAUGCCCGGAACCUCUGUCCACAGAGCUCAGCUCGGCCACGGCCCGUCCAUCCAUCCGCCGGCCCGCCCCGGCCCACACAGGGAAGGGCCUCACCCGGGAACCCACCACACAAAUCCCCAGAGGCCAUGCUGCUGGUGUAGACAUAUUCAUCCUACCAGUGUCACGUGACCCCCGAGCCUCCCCAGCUGUUAGCUCACUGGCCCUGUUCAAUAAACGUGUCGCCUCCUGACCCUGUAUUGUCAUUUAACCAGAGCCAGCAUUCUCGCACACACACCAUCUGUUCACGGGACAGGAGCGUGAGCGAGGUCCGUGCAUGUGGUGCUGGCCUGCUAGCUGGGGAAGAGGACAGUGAGGAAAUAAACAGUGAACGAGGAAGAUGUCCACAGUGGGGAGUGCGCCACAAGAAUUCAGCCAAAGUGAGGUAUUAGUGGGGGCUUUGGGAAGCUUGGGUGGUCUGAGAAGGCCUUUCUGAAGAGGUAAUACUUAUGCCCAGUCUGAAUGAUAAGAAAGAGCUAACCGUGAGCUUUAAAUACAGAAGGAAGAGUAUUCCAGGCAGAGGGGGCAGCCAGUGCAAAGGCCCUGAGGCAGCAACAGGCUUGGUGGUUUCAAGGAACCCAAAGAAAGCCAGGGUGGCUGGGACUCAGAGCAAGUGUGGAAAGAGGUGAGGAUAGAGAGCCCAGGUUCUGGGGUUCACUGUGAGACACAUAGCAUCAAACUUUAUGCCCUUUGAUAAAACGGAAAGAACUUUCCAGGGCAUGAAGCAUUUUCCACACACCCUGACUCUUCAUUCUCACAAUAGCCGUUAAAGAAGGGACUUUUCCCAUUUCAUGGACUAGGAAACUGAGACUCGGGUGGGUCACAUGGCUUGCACAAGAUCACACGGGCAGGCUGUGGAAGGCCCAGACCCAUCUCCUCCAUCUAGUGCUGCCAAUCCCCAGGGGUACAGCUUGGCAGAGGCAAAGUGGGAGAACCGUCGCUAAGGUUCUUGAUUAAAAGCAGAUAUGGUUUCUUUUUCCCUGAUUCUGAGUCACCCAGGACGUGCCCCUGGGCCUUGUCCUUGCAGAGCAGCAGUUGCCGUGAAGGUAUGCAGCUGGAUCAGCCCACACCUGCAUCCCAUCUGCAGAGCCUCAGGAGUCAGAAAGCACCUAAUCCUGGGCCAAGGAGCUCACAAGACUCAAAUUCCAGCAUCAUUUCUGCUGCUAAGAGCAGUGUGACUUAGAUGAGUCCUGUGUCCUCUCUGCCCUCAUUUUCCCCGUCUGUAAGGGGAAGGAGUCAGGCCGGCUCACCCUUAAAAACCUCCCAUCUGUGCUGUCCUGUGGUCCUGGGAUACCUCCGUAGCUGCUCACACUAAGACACUUCCUCUGCCGAGAAGGCUGGUGGUCUUGCCUCCUUCCCCUGAGUGCCAAGUCAGUGGCACUGCCACAGAGCCCAGCAGGGCAGGACUCUCCAGACUUGCAUUCUUGAGAUUUGCACCCUGGCAGGAGCUCCUCCUGGCUCCACCAAAGGUCUUUUCAGGAAUAACUGCUGCCUGGAGCCUCUCUGGAUCCCUGGUGGCACAGUGGUUGAGAGCUACGGUUAUUCUCCAAAAGGUCAGCAGUUUGAAUCCACCAACUGGUCCUUGGAAACUCUGUGGGGCAGUUCUGCUCUGUCCUGCAGGGUCACUAUGAGUUGGAAUCGACUUGACAGCAACAGGUUUGGUUUUGAGUUUUGGAGCCUCUCUCCUCAAUGGCCCCCAGGGCUGGGCAGGGUGGCUCUUGGGCAGCCAGACAGGGGAAGAUCACAGACUGACCCAGCCCUAGCAGCAGCCUGGGGAGCAGACAGACUCAGAGUCCGGAGGCCCAAGCAUGGGUCUGCAGUACUGCCGCUCCCAGCUGGGUGACCUCGGGCUGAUCGUUUGCCCACUCUGAGUCUAGCUCUCUCACCUGGGCAGAGGGUACAACACUGGCUAUCUUACAGAGUUGCCAGAGGGUAAGAACGGUGUGCACCUGGGUGGCGUGCCCUGUGUAGACGGCAUGUGCAUGAGGAAGUCCACUUGGUGGAGGGGCUCCUCAAAGUCCUUCAGGCCCUAGACAAAAACCCUUCCCCAUCCUCUUGUGGCCAAUAAGUGAAGUGUCCCUGCCGAUUAGACGCGAGGUAGUGACACAUUCAAGCAGAGACUUUCUUAGUGACUCCCAAACCUAAUUUUUCAAGCUGCCUACUUUUACUUUUUACUGUGAGCUUUUGGCUAGCGACUUGUAAUUUGUAAAAAAAAAAAAAAAAGUGGGGAAGAGAGAGAGGAUGGGGACAGGUUGUCCACUGAGAUACUUGUGCCCGGUGCCGGUCUGUGUAGCUGACUCCCUGUAUUUUACGGACGUUUUCCCUGCGGGGAACUGCUACCCAUGAGCAGUUUUGUGCUUUCCUUCCUGUCUGUGUACAAGCUCGCCGUUGGGUGUGUCUGAGUCUCUGUUCAGAACCAGUACCUGGCAGUUCCACUGGUUGCGCUGGUCCCCCCAGCUGACCUCUGCAGUCACCCACCCACAGGCACAACUGCCUCCUUCUGACACGCCGGAAGCUUCUGACUGCCAGGCUAACAUGUGACGCCGACCAUUACCAACUUCAAACAGGCCUUAACUGAAAACUCGCACACAUGCACACACACGCGUCCGUACAUGCACACACACGUGAGCCCCGCGGGUAGCCCUGGUCCCUCUGGCUGUCUGAUGCUUCAGAACGACAGCAGUAGACAGCUGGCACUGCUGGCGUGGGUAGCAUUUCCCCUCGGCACCAGAGAAACCCUUCAGGCAAACUCAGUUCCGGGGCUGGGAGGGAGGGCUUGGGGCGUGUGGGGGAAACGUGGGGCUCAAAGUAGCCCAGCUCCCCUCCAAAGCAAGAAAAUGUCUUCAGGUCAUUUCAAACAGAAGGAGCUGUGGGUAUGGCUGCCUCCUGGCUCCCCGUACACACCCCCGGGCCCCCUGUUCCCUCAGGGCUGGGUCUGCGGCCUGGCCCCCAGCCCCCUCUCCCUGACCCAUUCCCCCGGCUCGCUUCCCUCCCCCGUUCACACUUCUACUGGAGGUUGUGACAUAAAAGAAGACAAGUUUCCCAGAGCCACAGACCCUUUUUUAAAAAAUGUGUUUAUUUGAAUUACCCACCACGGCCAACCGGUCUCUGCUGACAGGAAGGGCCAGGACCCAGGCGGCCUUCACCGGUGAAAGUGCGGAGCACCCAAUGAUACAGGGUGACAUGGAGGACCAGGGUGGGCGGCUUGGGCCCAAUGAUACAGGGUGACAUGGAGGACCAGGGUGGGCGGCUUGGGCACUUCUAAGUAGAUGUCGAGGGGCCAUCAGGCCAUCGCAGGGCGGUGUCCGUGGGGCCCCCUAAUGGGACCAUCACACCAUCACUGGAGGUAUCUGUGGGCCCCCCUUAUGGUGGCUGUAGAAUCUGGGGUUCAAAGAGUAGAGACAGGCUUGGGGGCCUUGAUCGGACUGCUCACCUGACAAGCAACUGGCAGUGUCCACCUGGUCCAAGGGGCAGCCACACACCCCUGUGAGUGGGCGGCGGCCUUGCCCCUACUUCCGCAGACCAGGUACACGCCACUGGACUGGGGUCAUGCACUCUGCCCUUCCGGAAAACAAACGUGGCAUACCUGUGAUGCCACAGCCGGACCCCGGACCCUCUGAGCAGACACGUCACGUGAUGGUAGUUAAGUGAACGCUUACAAUCUUGGCCUGAAGAAUUCAAAUGUUGAAAGAGGGUGGGCAGGGGAGAUAGAAGAGGUCAAUCCUGAAAGAUUCAUGCUUCCAUUCAUUCAUCCAUUCACUCACUCAUUCAUUCAUCUGCUCAACAAAUAUGACUGAGCACCUGACUGGUGCCCCUGGCUGCGUGUGGGAUGACUGCUUCUGAGCUACGGACAGAGAUGUAAGGAAAUGUGAUGGGUUCAUGUAGGUGGAGGGUCGCUUGUGACUCAGCUGUACCUCACAGUAAGGAUCAGACCCACAAAUGGAAUAAGGAAUACUUAACUACUCUGUCCAUGAAAGUGACCUUGGAGCUGGCAUUGGAGCCCCUGGUUUCUAGUCAAGACCCUGGCACACAGUCGGUGCUAGAUAGAUGCUUGGUGAAUAUGUCACUUUGACCAUUAGUCACUCUGUACCUUAAACUCCCAUGUACACGUCAAAGCCCUGGCCCAAUCGCCCUUACCAGACUAAAAUUCGAGGCAGCCUCAGUGCCCAGCUCCGGGGGCUCUGUUCACAAUGCUGUCAUACUGAUGGUCACAGGCUCCAGGGAUGUCGUCUCCAGACUGCGCUGUGAGCAGUGCCCCUGAGCUGUGCAACGUGGUGCCCUCGUGAGCUGUCCUGAGCCACCCUCUAACAUGUGCAGGACCGACUGCAGUCAGCACACACUCGGGUGGCUUCCCCGUGCACGCUAGUGACAGGUGCAGAUGACGCAGCCACCUGCCGUCAAACGGGGGCCCCAGCCAGUGGCCAGAGAGCCUCCUGUAGAACAUCACCUCCGUCUUUCGCACAGCAGUUUCCUCCUGAGCCCUCCUCCUGUGUACAGAGCUGGUGAGGCCUGUCACGGUCAAAUAACCUAUCAAUCAGAGUCUGGAGGUGUGCAAUAACUUAGGGGGACUCCAAGGGUGAGAGGCUCCAUCGCCUUAACAAGGCAGGACCCCCCCAAAGUGGCUGUGUCCUGGUGGGGCCAGCCAACGAGGGUGUGCCAGCUUCAGGGGAGGAAGCAGAAACCGUCCCCUCUGCUGUAACCUGACUUCAAGGGGUCGGGCACGGGAUCUCGCUGAGAGCUGACGACCGGGAAAACCAAAAACCAAUAAUAUUCCUAAUAAGAAUAAUGAUAUUAUGUAACAAUAAUCCUAAGAACGUGUUUUACACUGACCGCUGUCGCACUGCUUUUGUCUUUCUAUACAGUAGUUUUUAUAACGAUGUCCUUAGGUUUUAAUAAAGGAGUGUCCUGUCAACUGUUCCCUCUGUUAAAUUUUGCUUUCCUGUUUUAAAAUGCACUUGCGGGAACCUGCACAUGUGUAACUUGUCGCUCUUAGGUCCCUGGGUGGUGCAAACAGUUUGUGUGUGACUACUUGCUGAAAGGUUGGAGGUUCGAGCCCACCCAGAGGUGCCU